AUGGUCCACGACGGUUUGUUUUGUAUCUAUACCAAAACCAAUGAUCUUAAGUUUAACCUUGUCAAUCCUGCUACUAAUAGCCGCCGCAUACUCCCAGAUCCCACCUCUACCCUCGAUGAAGUUUAUGGGCAAUCGAUGUAUUCGUUGCUAGGGAUCGGAAGAGAGAAUGGUGUGAUUCCAAAGUAUAAGCUUUUAUGGUUUUUCCAGUGUGAUGACAAAUUGGUGAAUGAAUCUACUAGGUGCAAGGUUUUGUCUCUUGACUCUAAUAGUUGGAGAUACGUAGAUCCACCCAACUGUCGAAUUUACUGUGACCAACCUAUAAUUCACUUGGAUGGAGUGCUCUAUUGCUUCAGCUUCAACAGCGAAGAGAUGGGUUACCGCCAACCGUGCAUCUGUAAUCUACUAGCUUUUGAUCUUCACACAGAGACGUUUCAUAAAUAUUCUACUCAGGAUUUGGAGUCUAGAGACUGCCAAGAAUUAAGCAUGUGUAUUCUUAAUCAUCGUCCAUGCAUCUUCAAGAAACGUCUUGGUAAUAACGACCUUCUCUUCAAAAUUUGGGGUCUAGACAUAAACAAGAGUUCAUGGGAAGUGUUGUAUUCCAUAGAAUUUUCGUGUUUUCCGCCAGAAUUCUACGAUAGGUUCAUCAUUCCGGUGGCAACAAUCAACGAUCAUGUUAUCUUCUCAAACUCUUGUCAUGACAUAUGGCCAUGUUGAUCCUUCCUAUCUCUCAGAAUAUAUUCACUGCUCAUUCUCGAGUUCAGACAAGAAUCAGCCUCAGCAUACAAGAUCAUGGUCAUAUUAUGGCACAAUACACACAAAAAGAGCUGAUAACCCUAACUAAAGGUAGGUGGUCCAGCUAGCGAUGGAGGGGAAGAGAAGAAGAAGCGUAAACAUUCCACAUGACAUAGUAGAAGAGAUUCUGGUGGGUAUAGUGUGGUUCGUGGGCAAGGAGGAGCUAUCAUAUCAGUAUCCUUGACCAGAUCUGAGUCUGGAAUCUUAGAGAGCUACCAAACUUAGCAAGAGCUGUAUGUGUCCCCGAAAUAAAAUCACAAAAAUAGUCUUUUGUCAUACCUGAAGAAUAUACCAUAUUGAAACAAGCAAGUACUGCGUAACGAGCUAAAUACGCCUCCUAUAAUCCAACUUGAAUCGAAAGAAGUCAAAUCAAGGUAAAGCGAAAGGGUAGGUUCUGAAGAUGUAAAAGAAGCAGAAGAGAGAAGUUUCGGGCCUUUGUAUAGCACUAUAACUAGAGCACCAGAUAUAGAUACUAUUGUGCCAAUGACUUUAGCCUGAGUAGCAGAGCUCUUUAACACUAUCCGUGUAAUCCUUCACGAGUCACCAAAGGAAGCACAAACACU